GGUUGUUGAUUGAAAAGCUUCUCAUAUUGUCUCUCUAAUUCGAUAGAAAAGCAGACAGUUUCGCCGAGUUAACUGGAUUUGGACAAGUAGAGUAGAGCAGCUAAUGAACCUCUGAUCCUAUUGCUUCCUUGGCCAACCACAGGGUGUGUCUGUGGAUUGGUUGGCAACCCUCCCCCCUCCCUUAUGCACAUUCUUCUCUUUGAUGCUGCUGCUCCUGCCCCUCAACUAGUCUGCUCUUUAUAGUUAUUUCUCAAUUGGGAAUCUGUCAAGGAUUGAAUAAGCUAACUAUCUUAAAUGUUCUCAAUUCAACAUCCAUGGAAGUGUCUUCGGAACUUUUCAAGCCUAAUAAAUCGCUGUAUCGCAACCCAAGAAAAUCUUUCAUCAAACCUUAUUCUUUGCCACGACCCCUCCAUGGAACAAUCUUACAUGCAACUGUCACAAAAAUUCUAUGAAGCCAUGAAAGCUUCUGGAUCUGUAAGGUCAGCACCCUUUGCGCGAAAACUUCAUGCCCAACUUAUCUCUGUAGGAUUGGAAUCUGCCAUUUUCCUCCAGAACCAUCUCUUGCACAUGUACUCCCGUUGCAGCUUGAUAGAUGAUGCUCGCCGGAUUUUCUUUAGUAUUCAACAUCCUAAUGUGUUUAGUUGGAACACAAUGAUUAGUGCGUUGGUAGACUUGGGUCACAUGGAGGAGGCAGAGAAGUUGUUCAAUAAAAUGCCUGUGAGAGACUCUGUCUCUUGGACAACAAUAAUGUCUGGCCAUUUUCGUAACGGGCAACCUGAGGAUGCAAUUAAAGUGUUUGCUUCAAUGGUAUGCAAUUCUGACAGUUUUGGUGACCCAUUUUCCUUCUCUUGUGUAAUGAAGGCUUGUGGCAGUAUUGGUCACAUUAAGUUGGCUCUUCAGUUGCAUACUCUAGUGGAGAAAUUAAAUUUCGGAGGCAAUAUGGUUAUUCAAAAUUCAGUAAUUGAUAUGUAUAUCAAGUGUGGUGCACUACGAUUGGCUGAGAAGUUGUUUAUGAGGAUACCUAACCCUACUUUGUUUUGUUGGAACAGUAUGAUCUAUGGUUGCUCUAAACUUUAUGGGGUCAGAAGAGCUCUCCAUAUGUUCAUUGAUAUGCCUGAACGUGAUUGUGUGACAUGGAGUACCAUAAUAUCAAUCUUUUCUCAACAUGGUUUUGGGGUUGAAAGUCUUAGUAUGUUUGUUGAGAUGUGGAAUCAUGGUUUUAGACCAAAUGCUAUGAUAUAUGGCACUGUACUUAGUGCAUGUGCAAGUAUACAUGAUCUUGAAUGGGGUUGUCAUUUGCAUGCUAGGAUACUCCGUAUGGAAUCAAGUAUAGAUGUUUUUGCGGGUAGCGGGCUGAUUGAUAUGUAUGUAAAAUGUGGUCAGUUGCAUCUUGCAAGGCAGGUGUUUGACAACAUGACAGAACACAAUGCAGUUUCUUGGACUUCUAUGAUCAGUGGAGUCAUGCAGUUUGGGUUCAACGAUGAAGCCUUUGUAUUGUUUAACAGAAUGAGAAAGGCUUCAGUUGUCUUGGAUGAGUUUACUCUUGCAACAGUGCUUGGGGUUUGUUCAGGCCAUGAUCAUGCGUGCUUUGGGGAGCAGCUCCAUGCAUAUACAAUCAAGGGUGGAAUGAUCUCCUCUAUUCCUGUAGGGAAUGCUCUGGUUACAUUGUAUGCAAAAUGUGGAAAUACUGAUAAAGCUAUCCAAGCAUUUGAGUUGAUGCCUGCUAAAGAUAUAAUAUCGUGGACUGCCAUGAUCACGGCAUUCUCUCAAACUGGUAAUGUUGAAAAAUCCCGAGAAUAUUUUGAUAAGAUGCCAGAGCGAAAUGUCAUAAGUUGGAACUCAAUGUUGGGAACAUAUUUUCAAAAUGGUUUAUGGGAAGAAGGCCUAAAAUUGUAUACUACAAUGCGAAGUGUAGGGGUUAACCUAGAUUGGAUCACACUGGCUACUUCAAUCAGUGCCUGUGCUGAUUUAGCAAUGUUGAAACUUGGGGUGCAGAUUGUAGCUCAAGCUGAAAAAUUAGGAUUUGGUUCUAAUGUUUCAGUCGUGAAUAGCAUUAUAACUAUGUAUUCAAGAUGUGGGCGAAUUAUAGAAGCAAAAGCAGUGUUUGAUUCAUUAUGCAAUAAAGAUUUGAUAUCUUGGAAUGCAAUUAUGGCAGGAUAUGCUCAAAAUGGACAAGGUAGGAAGGUGAUUGAGGUUUUUGAAAACAUGUUGAAAAUGGACUGCACACCUGAUCAUAUAAGCUAUGUAUCUGUUCUAUCAGGUUGUAGUCAUUCAGGGAUGGUAACAGAUGGGAAACACUACUUCAGUUCUAUGACUGAAGCAUUUGGCGUCCAUCCUACAUGUGAACAUUUUGUUUGUAUGGUAGAUCUACUUGGUCGGGCUGGAUUACUGAAAGAGGCUAGAAAUUUGAUUGAUGGCAUGCCCUUUAAGCCAAAUGCUGCUAUCUGGGGGGCACUUCUUGGUGCUUGCCGGCUUCACCGCGAUUAUAAUCUAGCAGAAUAUGCAGCAAGAAAUUUACAAGAAUUAGAUUUAAAUGAUUCUGGCAGUUAUGUCCUUCUAGCUAAUACAUAUUCAGAUUGUGGACAACUAGAAGCUUUUGCAGAUGUAAGAAAUCAGAUGAGAAAGAAAGGAAUAGAGAAAAAUCCUGGCUGUAGUUGGAUAGAGGUUAAUAAUAGAGUACAUGUGUUUACUGUAGAUGACACUAAUCAUCCCCAAAUCAAGGAUGUUUAUAAAAUACUGGAGGAGAUAGUCAAGAAGAUUGAAGAUACAGGAUGCUAUGUCAAAUCAACUAAUGCAGUUCGUUCUCAGUGCCAUCACAGCGAGAAGCUUGCUGUUGCUUUUGGGCUGCUUCAAUUGCCUGCUUGGAUGCCUAUAUAUGUGAUGAAAAAUCUUCGAGUUUGCCAUGAUUGUCACUUGGUAAUCAAGCUGAUCUCCCUUGUUACCUCAAGGGAACUUAUAGUGCGGGAUGGACAUCGGUUUCAUCAUUUCGAGAAUGGAUGUUGCUCUUGUGGAGACUACUGGUGAUCUGGGUUUUACAACCGGAGAACUCUCAUAGAGUCAAGAACAUGGUUUCAAUUUUAGUGAGAGGCCUUAUCUCUCCUCGCGUUCCUUGGCUUCUUGGAAGGCAUGAGUGCAUGACCUGCUUCCUCCCUGAAUUGCCUUUUUUCCACUCUUCAGGUAAUUGGAUUCAUUUUUGGUUCAGUUGGCAUAUUGUUGCAUUGGUGUUUUGUAGUUUUUUUAAUCAUGUUCAAUGUUGCUUCAGUUUUGUGUCAUUUUUUUAAUUAUUUAUUCACACAACUACCCAGUACUGUUUUGAAGCAAAAUUUAUAUGGAUUUGCCAAAUAUUAUUUGCAUACAUAUGUUCCUAGUGCCUAAUAUAUGUUAUUAUCGGGGAUACUUAAUUGAACUAAUUAUAAACAUAAAUCAGAUAAAGAGGGAGGUGUCUGCAAUGAAACAUGUGCUUGAUAUACCUCAAAAAAUUGUUUAUGCAUUGACCAGGCCUAUAAGUCACCAUGCUCAGUCUCCUUGAGCUGAUUGCUACUACUUAACAGUGCUGGUCGUUCUGUUCAAGUGACUUUACAUCCAGGGUUCCCAGCAAUAAGAAAGUUUGAGCUUGAAAUGAUAGUCCUGGUCAUUAGCUAAGAUUUAAAUGACGUAAGUUUAGUCUUUCUGCUAACUUUUUAUCUAAACUAUUAUUUUGAUUAUGUAAGUGGCACAUCGAUACUUCAGAUUCCUUGUCUACAAUUUAUAAUAUUUAUUCUGUGAAAGAACAUGAAGUGAGCGAUGCAUCUGGAUAUAAUUUAAUCUGCUAUUUUGCCUCGUUCUGCUAUAAAUAACCGUAAAUAGGUUAUAAAGUUAUAAACUACAGGGCAAAUAACAGAAUAGAAUUCAAUCUUCAGGGUUCAUAAUCUUCAGAACUCACACUUCAGAUUAGAGCAGAAAAUAUUCGUUUCUAAUAAAAGUAAGAGUCUCCAUGACUUUAUGUAGAGGCUUUUGAUGAUAUUAAACUUCAUUUUGCCUAUGGUAUCCAAUAUAACUACCAGAUAUGCAGCAUCAAUCCCCAAUACAGUAUGGAUUUGAUGUUUAUGUCUUGCUGCUUUGUAAGAAACUUUUUACUACUAGUGUUAAAUUAAUUUGGACUAGCUGAUAGAUAUCACUGCUUAUGAACAAUUGGAUCAAUAUUGCUUACGCACAGCUGGAUCUAAAUAGAAGGGAAUGUUUGUAAAUGGAGUGUUAUAAAGGGAUUGCCCGGAUUGUUUGCAGCCCGGUGCGUAGGCACUGGUCAGUAUUGUAGAAGUCUUCUGGAUCUUACAAGGAAGAUAUGACAUGACUUGCUCAGCAGCUGUGCUCAACGUACUGAUCUCUUUUUUAUCCGAUGCCAGUGCUUUUACAGUUUUACCUCGAGGAGAGUGAUUGCCUGUAGAAGGUAUUGAAUCCAGUAAAAGAUUCCAGAAAGAUACCCCAUUUUUUCUGAGGUGAUCAAUUUAUACUGUAUUAUAGUAACUUGUAGAAUUCUGUCUAAUAUACUAAUGUUAUUGCAGAGAAACUAUAGUGAUGUAACUAAUGUUAUCGCAAAUACUUAUUCACUCGUUUGAAAGUAAAUAUACUGCUUACUUGUAUUGUUUGUAUGCACAUCCCCCAUAAAA